GCACUUUACGACAUCUUGAGCUCAGAUCUGACACAGAGCAAAGGCUACAUCAAAGAGGAUUGGUACAGUUUCCGUGACUUGGCCAUUAGUCCUUGCGACACAGCGUUUGAAUUGAACCCCGAAAUUGCAAAAGAGUUAUUUGUUCCAUUGGAGCGACGUGCCCCCUGGGGGAGUGGUGCGUCAGCCAUGGCGCACAUGAUGAAGCCGCAGAUCAUCCUCCUGAAGGACGGAACAGAUGCCUCACAAGGAAAGGGCCAGAUCAUCAGCAAUAUCAACGCUUGCCAAGCCGUUGUGAGCAUCGUGAAGUCCACUUUGGGACCUCGUGGUAUGGACAAGCUGAUAGAAGAAGGCAGCGGAACCACCAUCACCAAUGAUGGGGCAACUGUGAUGAAGAAACUCAACAUUGUCCAUCCAGCUGCCAGGAUCCUGGUUGACAUCAGCAAGGCCCAGGACAACGAAGUUGGGGACGGCACCACCAGCGUCGUAGUGAUCACAGGUGAGUUGCUGAAGGAAGCGAAGAGCUUCCUCGAAGACGGCCUUGUGGCUCCCCAAAUCAUCAAGGGCUACCGGACGGCCUGCAAUUUGGCCAUCCAAAAGCUGCUUGACAUGGCCGUGGACCUGAAAGAUAAGUCAAUGGAUGAGAAGCGUUCCAUGCUGAUCAGGUGCGCAGAGACCACGCUGAACUCCAAGUUGGUGGCUGACUACAAGACGUUCUUUGCCCAAAUGUCGGUGGACGCGAUUUCGAUGCUGGGCGAUGACCUGUCCGUGUCUUCCGUGGGCAUCAAGAAGGUCACAGGUGGAUCUGUCACUGACACGAUGCUUGUGGAGGGCGUUUGCUUCAAGAAAUGCUUUUCCUAUGCCGGUUUUGAGCAGCAGCCAAAGCGCUUUGAAAACGCCAAAAUUUUGCUUCUGAACCUCGAGUUGGAGCUCAAGGCAGAGAAAGACAAUGCAGAAGUGCGGAUAACAGAUCCAGACCAGUAUCAGUCCAUCGUGGAUGCUGAGUGGAACAUCAUCUACGAGAAGCUGGAGUUGAUUGCGAAGUCUGGAGCAAACGUUGUGCUAAGCCGUUUGGCCAUUGGCGACCUUGCUACCCAGUAUUUUGCUGACCGCAACAUCUUUUGCGCGGGACGUUUGGAGGUGGAGGACCUGGAGCGAACCAGGCGUGCAACAGGGGCAGAGGUUCAGACGACUGCUCAAGGCAUCACACCGAGUGUCUUGGGAUCUUGCGGCCUUUUCGAAGAAAAGCAAGUGGGUGCUGAGCGGUUCAACUUCUUCACAAAAUGCGAAAAGACCAAGACUGCUACCAUCCUGAUUCGUGGUGGCGCUCAACAAUUCAUUGAUGAAGCCGCCCGAUCUCUGAACGACUCCCUCAUGAUUGUGCGGCGAGCCAUGAAAAAUACGAAAGUCGUGGGUGGCGGCGGUGCCAUUGAGAUGGAGCUCAGCCGAUACCUGCGCGAAUAUGCACGCACCAUCAGCGGCAAACAGCAGCUGGUGAUCAACUACUUUGCACGUGCCUUAGAGGUUAUCCCCAUGACCUUGGCGCAGAAUAGUGGCGCAGAUGGCACGAAGGUGUUGAAUCAACUUCGACAAAAACACGCAGCGGCAGGGACUGAGGGUCGCUGGUGGGGCGUGGACUGCAUGAAUUGCACAGUCUGUGAUGCUUUCCAGAGCUACAUUUGGGAGCCUGUUUUGGUCAAGGAGAGUGCUCUGAAUGCUGCAACAGAGGCAGCAUGCCUCAUCCUCUCCAUUGAUGAGACUGUGAAGAAUCCGCAGCUGAGCGCAUUGGGAUUGAGACACUUUGAGACGGUUGGACUCUUCGAGACGAUAGGUGUCCUUUGCAGUUUUCAGAAGAGUGCGGCGAGCCCAGCCGAAUCCUGUGCCUGUCGGUCCGUGACCUUGCACAUCUCAGCUGGCAUCGAAGGGAAAACAGCUGGUGAGAAUGAAAGAUGCCAGACGCCGACACACGAUGCCCGAAUGAGUGACACCCGAAAGUUUCAAUCCGUGAGUGCCAGAUCCGUCCCGUCCGAUCGUGCCAAGGUCAUUUUGACUAAGGUGAACUGUGACGUAGCUGCAGCUGAAAAAGUGAACAAUGUGGCAACUCACCAAUCAAUACCAACUUUUCCAACUUGUUUUGCAACCCAUGAUGCCUACGGAGUACUUGACCUUGGCGCUUCAAAGACUGUUAUAGGAUCGGAACACGUGAAGGGUUUAAUUCAAAGCCUGGAUGAGGAAACCCGUUCUCAAUUGACCCGGUGUCCCUGUGAAGUCACCUUUAAGUUUGGGAACCAAGGUACUCUGACUAGCAGCCAGGCCAUUGUGGUACCCAUAGGCAAACUCCGACUCAAGAUAGCAAUCGUGAACGGAGGAACACCUUUCCUCAUCAGCAACACUUUCAUGCGUGCCAUUAGGGCCAAGAUUGAUUGCUUUUCGCACAGCCUGUCAAGUCCGAUGCUGAAUCAUGCCAUUCCAUUGGAACUCACCGAAAGAGGAUUGUUUCUACUCAAUUUGAACGAUGUUGUGAAGGCCGCCAUGAAUCAGCAGACAUGCGGAAGUCCCGACACGAAGCCUGUCGAAGCGACCUUCCUGAGCACUGAAAAAUCCACUGCCGCAGCCGCUGCUGAAACUUUGCCUUCCGACAAGCCAUCAAUCAUAGAUCUCAGCUUGCCAUUACCAGAAUCCGUGAGUGCCGAGGGUUUUCAAGAGGCCACAGGUAUCCAAGAUGCAACAUCCGAAGCCCAUGUUGACCAUGAGAUGAAUGCUGAAUACCGUGCCGUUCAGACCGAAGUGGAAGUGCCGCUGACCGACUUGUCUCAGCUGACCCUCUCAGAGCUGAAGACAGAGGUGGUCUCAUUCGGUCAGAAACAUGCCGGGGAGACAUUCGAGACGGCAUGGGAAGAUCAAAGCUGGAUCAACUUCAUGGUGGCGAAGUAUGGAACCAGCAAGGUUCUCAGUCAUCGUCGCCUGAUCCGGUUCGUGGAGUUGAUGGUGGAGCAACACGAAAGAACCAGCACCCGAGUGCCUGUGCUGCCACCGCCGGAAUCGGUGGCCGGAGGCUACGCUUUGAUCGGCGAGCUUUCUGGACGCAGAUCCAUCCGAGCCAAGGCCAAGGCCAUGAGCACAGUUCCAUCUGGGGUCACAGAACCCAUUCCACUGGACCAGGACGAAGAACAGGAGUUCGAGAUGUUCAACCAGGGGACUACGGCGACGACUCCUCUCCAUCAGGAUCCGGAUUUCACUGCUCUUCAGGAUCGUAUCCUGAACAUGGAGAACGCUCUGGGCCGCGUGAUCAAUCACCUGGAGGAACUGCAUCAGAUGAUCCAAAAAUUCACUCAGGAAUUCGAAGGCCGUGACAGCUUUGCCCGAUCUCAACUGUCGACUCCGGAAGAGAGUGAUGAAGCAGGGGUGAAACGAAGAAGACUGGAAGGAAAACAAGGUCAAUCCAGCACUCAUCCGGCCCCGACAGUGAACCGUGAGACUGAUGCCCUUGAUGAUCCGAUGCCAGCCAAUACCGAUAGCUCAAGUUUGCAGCCCAUGCACCCGUCACCACAGAAUGGCGAAGCCCGUUCUCCACGUGAUGACAAGCAUCUCCACUUUCGAGUGUUCUUUCUCAAGGCGUGUUGGCUCAGUUUUCAGAAGAGUGCGGCGAGCCCAGCCGAAUCCUGUGCCUGUCGGUCCGUGACCUUGCACAUCUCAGCUGGCAUCGAAGGGAAAACAGCUGGUGAGCGUCUGGUGGUGCUUGGAUUUACAAACCUUUUGGAACAGAGUUUUAUUCAGUUUGCAUCUGGUUUUGACAAACAAGCUGCCAUUCACUUCAUCAACUGGCGUGAGCUUGGUGCAUUUGGGAGGUUUGAUGGCUGUGAUGGCUGUGAUGGCUCGGUGAAUGCUCACAGCUUUGGGCAAACUUUCACUCGGAAGAAC